AAACUAUCAAGACACCUUUCAAGCUUAGAGAAGGCUAUCUUGUCGGACAACGACAAAGAAAAGGCAAGAGAAAUUUUCUGUUCGCCAAAUGCCAUCGACUUCAUGCCAUCGGAAGAAAGCGACAACGAUGAUCCUGCUUCAUCUAGGGGUCCGAAACCAAGGAAAGUACGUAAACUGGUGUGGGAGAAAAGUAAACUGAAGAAUUUGAAAGCAAAACUGGACGAGGCCUAUUUGGAAGGACUUAGCGAAAAGCAGCGUCGUGCAAGUGCACGUUUGACCAGAACCAAAGAGCCAUCUGUACGGCCUUGCCCCACCAAUGGCCCUCGUUGGGCAAUUCGUACCGAAUAA